AUGGCGCGUCAUUGGAGAGGGACGACGAUGAUGGCGGCGGUCGGUGCACCAGAAGUGAUCACACAGCUGGAAAGCGCUGCCAAAGUUUUAAUGGCACCGCCGUCCAUGGUCAGCACAGAACAGAGGCAGCAUGCUGAACACAUAUUCCUCUCCUUCAGGAAGUCCAAGUCCCCUUUUGCCAUCUGCAAGCACAUCUUAGAGACCAGUAAGGUGGACUAUGUGCUGUUCCAGGCAGCCACGGCCGUCAUGGAGGCCGUGGUGCGGGAGUGGAUCCUGCUGGAGAAGACCAGCAUCGAGUCUCUCCGGGCGUUCCUCCUCACCUACGUCCUGCAGAGACCCAACCUCCAGAAGUACGUCCGUGAGCAGAUCCUUCUGGCCGUGGCGGUCAUCGUGAAGAGAGGCUCUCUGGACAAAAGCAUCAACUGUAAAAGCGUCUUUCACGAGGUCGGACAGCUCAUCAGCAGCGGGAACACCACCGUGCAAACGCUGGCCUGCUCCAUCCUGACCGCUCUGCUCAGCGAGUUCUCCAGCUCCAGUAAGACCAGCAGCAUCGGCCUCAGCAUGGAGUUUCACGGCAGCUGCAAGCGUCUCUUCCAGGAGGACGGCCUGCUGCAGAUCUUCAUGUUGACCAUGGAGGUGCUGCAGGAGUUCAGCUGCAGAGAAAACCUCAACGCCCAGAUGUCGUCCGUCUUCCAGCGCUACCUGGCUCUGGCCAACCAGGUGCUCUGCUGGAACUUCCUGCCACCCAAUCUGGGGCGCCACUACAUCGCCAUGUUCGAGGCCUCGCAGAACGUCACGCUCAAGCCUACGGAGAGCUGGAGGGAAGCGUUGCUGGACACCCGCGUCAUGGACCUCUUCUUCACUGUGCACAGGAAGAUUCGGGAGGACUCGGACAUGGCCCAGGACUCCCUGCAGUGCCUGGCCCAGCUGGCCUCCAUGCACGGGCCCAUCUUCCCCGAUGAGAGCGCCCAGGUGUCCUACCUGGCCCACCUGGUGGAGGGCCUGCUCAGCAUGAUCAACGGGAUUGAGAUCGAGGACUCGGAGGCGGUGGGCAUCUCCAACAUCAUCUCCAACCUGAUCUCCAUGUUCCCAAGAAGCACUCUGACGGCGCUGCCCAGCGACCUCUUCACCUCCUUCAUCAACUGCCUCACGCUGCUCACCUGCUCCUUCGGACGCAGCGCCGCCCUGGAGGAGGUGCUGGAUAAAGACGACAUGGUUUACAUGGAGGCCUACGACCGGCUGCUGGAGUCGUGGCUGACCCUCGUCCAGGACGAGGAGCAUUUUCCUCGCGGCUGCUUCGUCCAGCCGGCAAUCCAGGUGUUCAACUCGUACAUCCAGUGUCACCUGGCUGCUCCGGACGGCACCCGGAACCUGUCGGUGAACGGCAUAUCGUCUCACGAGGAGGACGAGAUAAACGAGAUACAGGAAGACGACCGGGAGCUGUUCUCAGACCAGCUGUCCAGCAUCGGCAUGCUGGGACGUGUGGCGGCGGACCACUGCAUCCCCCUGCUCACAACCCUGCUGGAGGACCGAGUGACGCGGCUGCACGGUCAGCUCCAGAGGACCCAGCAGCAUCUCAUGGCCUCAUCUGAUCCCGGAUCAAUGGACCGCAAGGUGCUGGACGACCUCUACGAGGACAUCCACUGGCUCAUACUGGUCUCAGGUUAUUUAUUAGCAGACGACUGUCAGGGCGAGACCCCGCUGAUCCCCUCGGAGGUGAUGGAUUUCUCCAUCAAACACUCCACAGAAGUAGACAUCAACACGACGCUGCAGAUCCUCGGCUCGCCGGGGGAGAAGGCCUCGUCCAUACCGGGCUGCAACCGCACCGACUCCGUCAUCAGGUUGCUGUCGGCGGUGUUGCGGACGUCGGAGGUGGAGUCACGGGCGACGAGAGCGAGUCUGACGGAGCUGCUGAGCCCUCAGAUGGGAAAGGACAUCAUGUGGUUCCUGAGACGUUGGGUCAAGACGUACCUGCUGGUGGACGAGAAGCUCUACGAGCAGAUCAGCAUGCCGCUGAGCACGGCGUUCGGUGCGGACACGGAGGGAGCCCAGUGGAUUGUGGGAUAUCUUCUGGAGAAGGUGAUCAACAACCUGUCGGUGUGGAGCUCGGAGGCCGAGCUGGCCAACGACACGGUGGAGCUGCUGGUGACGCUGGUGGAGAAGAGGGAGAGGGCGAAUGUCGUGGUUCAGUGUGAGAGCUGGUGGAAUUUAGCCAAACAGUUCGCCAGCCGCAGCCCGCCGCUCCACCUGCUGUCCAGCUCCGUCCAGAGGUCUCUGAUGAAAGCUCUGGUGCUCGGAGGCUUCGCUCACAUGGACUCUGACGCCAAGCAGCAGUACUGGGCCGAGGUGCUUCAUCCUCUCCAGCAGCGGUUCCUCAACCUCAUCAACCAGGAGAACUUCGCUCAGAUCAGCCAGGAGGAGGCCGUCAAGCAGGAAAUCGUGGCCACGCUGGAGGCGCUGUGCGGCAUCGCUGAGGCGACGCAGAUCGACAACGUGGCCUCGCUCUUCUCCUUCCUCAUGGACUUCCUGUCCAGUUGCAUCGGCCUCAUGGAGGUUUACAGCAACACGCCCGAGACGAUCAACCUCAUCAUCGAGGUUUUUGUGGAAGUGGCUCACAAGCAGAUCUGUUACCUGGGAGAGACGAAGUCCAUGAAGCUGUACGAGGUGUGUCUGACGCUGCUGCAGGUUUACUCCAAAAACAACCAGAACAGGAAGCGGAACGACGCCACGGCGGAGGAGGACCAGUACCAGGACCUGCUGCUCAUCAUGGAGCUGCUCACCAACCUGCUCUCCAAGGAGUUCAUCGACUUCAGCGACACCGACGAGGUGUUUAGAAACCAGGACCAGGGAACGCCGGCGUCCAGUCGGAUGGUGUCGGCAGCGGACGUGGUUCUUUACGGCGUCAACAUCGUCCUCCCGCUCAUGUCUCAGGACCUGCUGAAGUUCCCCUCCCUGUGUAACCAGUACUACAAGCUCAUCACCUUCAUCUGUGAGAUCUUUCCAGAAAAGAUCCCUCAGCUUCCUGAAGACCUCUUCAAAAGCCUCAUGUUCUCUCUGGAGCUGGGCAUGACCUCGAUGAGUUCAGAGAUCAGCCAGCUGUGUUUGGAGGCUUUGUCUCCAUUGGCCGAGCAGUGCGCCAAAAACCAGGAGAAGGACACGCCCCUCUUCAUCGCCACACGGCACUUCCUCAAACUGGUGUUUGACAUGCUGGUUCUGCAGAAACACAACACAGAGAUGACGGUGGCAGCAGGAGAAGCUCUCUACACACUCGUGUGCCUGCAUCAGGCGGAGUACUCUGAGCUGGUGGAGACGCUGCUCUCCUCUCAGCGAGACGCCGUCGUCUACCAGCGACUCGCCGACGCCUUCAACACGCUGACGGCGAGCAGCACGCCGCCCACCAUGGACCGCAAGCAGAAGGUCGCCUUCCUCAAGAGCCUGGAGGAGUUCGUGGCCAACGUGGGCGGCUUGCUCUGCGUGAAAUAACCCCCCUCCUCCUCCUGCUUGGUCCCUAUGAACUCUGGGUAAAAAGAGUCAGCUGGAGGAAAUAUCUGUCUCUCUACCUGCUGAGGGAUCCGUCUCAUACCGGAAUGUUUUCACCUCCUCGGAUUUCUUUUUUUGGCUUUUAAUCCCCGCCCCUCCGGUCCAGCGUGAUUGACAGACUUGAUGAUGAUGAAGAUGGAACCAUGCAGACUGGACUGCAGAGCAGACGGACUCAGUCGCUGUCGACCGACACAACAGACGGAUCACGGCGACGAGAGGAGGAGGUGGUCGACUCCUCCAUCACCUCCUGUACACACACACACACACACACACACGCAUGCAGACACACACACACACUCAGAGUGACUUUGAGGGUAAAAACAAGUUGCUGUUAUUUAAAAAUUGCAGGAGAGAUUUUUUUCUCCAGUGUGAGGUUUUGUAGAUGAAAGACUUAAAAGGGGCCAUUUUUUUAUUUCAAGAAUGUCACGACACACACACACACACACGGCGCCCCAAUCCUUCCCAGAGUGCCUUUGUUUUGAUGAUUGUUCUCUGUGUGCAGGUUUUUUAUUUCUUAUUUUGUCAUCAACUGACAAGCGGUGCCUGCCAUUCGCCAAGAAUACAGCGGAUGCACGCACACACACGUGAGGUGUGGGGGGUGGGUGCUUGACCACGCUGCACAGGAGGACGUUUGUUUGUUGUGACGACAGAAAAACCAAACUCUGAUUCACUAAAGGGUGUAAUAUAUUAUAAUGUUUUACAGUCAGAAACCAGGAGGAGUGUUGGUUCAGAGACAAACAAAAUACAAAAACAUGAUGAAAUGUUUUUAUCUGCCAGUUGGACGGCAGGAAGAGAAGAAGAAGAAGGAGGAGCGACUUCCUGCGUCUGAUGUUUCUCUUCUUCUGUGUUUUGGAUCGUAGUAUUAUGUCGAUAGUUUCUUCUCCUCCUCCGGGACUCCAGAAGGCUCGACGGAGUAUCGGACCGCUAAAGUUUAACAGAUUUACUUCCUGUUGUAUUUUUUCUGCAGCAGUGCAAGCGCGCACGCACGCGCGCACACACACACACACACACACACACACACACACACACACACACACACUGGAAGCAGAGACUGAGCUGACGGACAGCAACAACAAACCAAAUAAAAGGAGCAGAGCCACUUUGUCGCAGCAUCGUGUUGGAGAACCUCGUUCACAGCACUCAACUGGUUUUGUUAAUGACGUGUAAAAGUGUACAUAAAGUUAUUGUAUAAAACAUUCUGGCCUCCGCCGUCUCCUUUUAUAAGGGUGCAACCAUUGUUUUAGGAAGAAAUAGUUAUUGAUUUCACUUUUCUAACGUGUAACAUUUCACUUUGUUUGCAGCUUUUCUUCAACACAGAAGCAUCUGGAGGAAAAGUACACUUAUUGAUGAUUAACAGAGUAGAGGAAGUACUAAUACCACACAGGACAAAUACUCUGUUGGAGAGUAAAAGUAUGUCAGUAGAAUCAGUCAAAUGUAGUUGAAGUAUUCAAACUGUGACUGUUCUUUUGUAUAUUACAUCUUUAGACUAGUGUUUCUCGUGCAUUCAUGUAGAAGCAGGAUCUUACUUUUGUAGUUUGCGCUCAUUCUGAAUUAUUUCACUACGAAUGAAUCUGCUGAUUAUUUUCUCCAUUAAUUGAUUAAAAAUGUGAGAAAUGGCGUCACAGU